AUGGCCAACCACCUUUCUCUCCUUCUCUCUAUUCUACUACUCACCAUCACCAUAGCCUCACCAACCCCAUCUCCAAACACCACCCACUCUCCACCACCAUCAGCACCACCACCACCACUCCCAUCGUCACCGCCACCAUCUCCAUCCCCAUCUCCUCCUCCAUCAUCUCCAUCACCACCACCCCCAUCUCCUCCACCACCACCAACUCCAUCCCCACCUCCCCCAUCUCCUCCACCCCCACGACAACACCCUCCAUCUUUACCACCACUAUCUCAAUCACCACCUCCACCGCCACCAUCAUCGCCAUCACAACCACAAUCCUCCCAAGAAAUAAACGACAUAAUCGAGGCACUAAUAGGCACAAGUGAUUUCACCAACUGGGAAAAUAUUAUCUCAAUGAUCAACCCAUUAACACUCCCAAUCAGCGCAACUCUCUUCAUUCCACAAGACCAAGACGGUUCUCUCAACAUGAACACAAACGUGGACCCUUUUCUCUUACCUUACCACAUAGUCCCUCAACGCCUCUCUUUCUCUGACCUCCUCCUCUUCAACACCAACACUCGCCUCCCAACUCUCUUACCAGACAAAACUAUCCUCAUCACCAACACCUCUGCCACCAAUUUCACCCUCAACGACUCUCCCAUCACUCGACCCGAUGUCUACGCCACCAAUGACGUCACAGUCCACGGCAUUGCAGCCCUUCUUGAGUACUCCAUUUACGGCGAUCAUGACACCGAUGGGCUCGGGUUAUCAUUGCCCAAACCUCCACCCCAGCAGCCACAGCUGCCAGUUUCACCUGCAGAUCAUGGCUCAACAAUACCACAUGCUGAUGCAGCGCGCUUGUCCUUGUGCAGUGAGUUUCCGAUUGUCUUCUUCUUGAUUGUUUGCGCCGGUUUGCUAUAGAGCAUAUAUGUCCGUAUAUAUACGUAGGCAACCAUCAAUGUCACAUUGAUGGAGUCUUUGAUGAGCCUUUUUUUUUAGGGGGGUUUUUUUUUUUAUGACAUUUCUUUGAUGGGUUUGUUCUAAAUUUGGAGGAAUCUUGAUCUCUGCAAAAUUAUGCAGACCAAGCAUGUGAUCAAGAUUCAAGAACAGAAGCCUUGUGAUCAUGCUGUACAUAAAUUUGUGUAUUCAUUGACAUGAAUCCUGUAAUAACACCAUGCAGUUACA